UGGCCCGAGACAAAAUGGUGGCGACAAACCUCGUCCUUCUGACAACUGUCAGUUUAAUGCUUGUAGUACUCACAGAACAAGCGCCAGCGGUUCAAGCGGUUCCUGCCGUAGAAGUGGAUGUCGCCAAUAACGGAACGUACCAACUCAAGGUCAAGGGCACGACCUGGUUGAACAGCGCCCCCACUUUCUUCGUGUUGAACAACCAGAGGUAUGGAGACGAUGAUGGUUCACUGGUGGUUGAGUCCGUCAAGAAAACCGACUUCCCAGGGGACCGGCUGGGACCCGGCGUCGAGACCCAAAUCACCUUCAAGGCUGACAAUGUCACCAUCGUUGCAAGCGUACUGGCAUACAACUCCUCUGACGAGCUGCUGACAUUUAAAGUGAACUUCCCCACGGGCGCUACAGACAUCAACCACCUCAGCUACGAUCGCGUCAUCUGCGGCUUCCCCGGUUUCAAGAUGGAGAACGACUUGCAUCCCCUCGGCUUCAUGUCUCUGGGUGGGGAGUUUGCCGGCUACACGGAUCAGGUGUUGGGCAGAUGGAACAAGUCGGCCAACAUCCAGGACGGCCUUGAAGGAUCGGCCACUCUCAACCUAUUUGACAAGAGUUUCAAUGCCAUCACCAUAGGCCCCCAGGACAACUUCAUGUCCUCCUCCCUGUGGCGCGACAUCGACAACGACCACGUAUACUGGGGGGUCAUGAGCGGUGUUACUCAAAUUCCAGCUAAUUUCACAUACCAAGUUUUGACGGCUUAUUCAGCCGACGUCACAAAGAGCAUGUUUGUGUGGGGAAACACUAUCUCCAGCAUGUACUACAAGCUGAGUCGACCCUCCGACCCAGUGGUAAACAACAUCGGUUACUGGACGGGUGAAGGAUCAUUCUACUACGAGGAAGGAAGUUUCGUGGGUAACUAUGAAGAUGCGAUCACUAGCGUAUUUACAGCUGCAGCCAAUAGAUCCCUGCCGUACAGGUAUGUAGAACUGGACAACUGGUGGCCCACAAAAGGUCAAGGCGGAGGGGUCAAGGAGUGGACAGCACCAGCAGACAUCUUCCCCGGCGGCAUCGAGCAGCUGCACAGCAAGAUUAAAGUAUCGAUUGUUGCCAAGAACAACUUCUGGUCAAGCGAUACAAUCUACGCAACCCAAAACCAAGGGCAGUACAACUUCGACAUAUCUGGAGACAUGGCUCUGCCUAAAGACGAGGCAUUUUGGGACUUCCUCUUCGGAGAAGCCAAGCAGUGGGGGGAUGACGACUUACGUUCAGGACAACAUGACAGAAAUAUUUCGUCAGUUCGAUUACAUGAAGACAGAACUGGACUAUGGCAGGAACUGGUUGAUGAACAUGGGCGCCGCUGCAUCCAAACACAACAUCACCAUCCAGUACAGUGGCGCCACCCCGCGGAUGGUGAUGCAAGCUAUGGAGAUACCCGCCGUCACACAGAUUCGAGUGAGUCCCAACUACGGCGUGUCCAAGGACCAGUGGAAGAUAGGGCUGACGUCUAUAUUCGCCAGUGGUCUUCAAGUCGCCAUAUCUAAGGACGGUUUUCUGUCCCAGCUUCACGAAGAUGCUCUGGGGGACCCAAACUCGGAGCGGCAGAGCCUGAUCUCCUCCCUCAGUAAGGGAACGUUUGAGACUGGCGACGAGGCUUGGAAGGCCAACACAACGCUCAUCAUGA